AUGAUUAACAUUCCGCUGCCAGACGAUAGAGGUAAGGGAACUUGUGAAUUUCUGACUGGAUCAACGUUUCUGACGGUUUUUCUUUUGCUAGGCAAACUGAAAAAUAAGCUGUAUAUACACAAAGCAAUUAAUUUCUGACGAGCACCGAUCGUAAACACGAAGUCGCGAUGCGUUCAACAGCGUACUCUCAAGGAACUACCCAUUAUUCAUUAUUUAUACCCUGGGGGCGGAAAGUAGGUGGGCGGGGGGUUUCGGAGGAAUUUUGGGGAUCUCAUGGUUUUCUCUAUAGUUUUCAGGGGGAACAGAAGGGGAUCAGUUGUCGCGAGUAGAGUAUAAAGAGGGAUGGAACUAUAGAAAACGGACUGUCCAAAAAGUAAGAUCAUUAGAAAGCAAAAGAGCUUUAGGGGAGAAUAGGUAAAUUUUGUUGUGGCUUUACCAAAAUGUUCCACGUCCCCUUCUCCCUGAUGAUAAGUUAAGACCAGUCGCUGAUUGCGUUUGAGCUUCUGUUUAGCAAGGACACGCUUUCCCGCAUUACUUUGAUCGUCAUGACCCUUUAGGAAAAGCUAUCAAGUGCACCGUUUCAAAUACAGUCCAAGUGAACCUAUUUGCCGUUUGUUGCAAUGUUCCGGUCCUUUCCGGUUUAUUCCUUCUGCCUGUAGGAGCAUUUCUAAUGAACCAGUUACCAGACCGCCCCUGCCUCUCUGCCAAGUUUAACUUGUCUUGUGGCAUGGAUUGUAAAUUUACGUGGGAUGGAUUCGGCCGUUGGCUUGGAAAAAAUUGGAAGCCAUAUCUUACAGGUAUGUUUCGGGAUUGUGGUUUACGGCAACUAAGCAGAACUAGCGUAACUCCCGUGAGGGAAUUUAUUAUAAACCAACAGAUUUCAGUCGUCGUACAAAUGGUAGACGUAAGUAAGAACUAAAAGUCUGAAAACUGUAACGGUAAUAACGUCAAAAUUCAAAGCUUGUGUAAAAUAGUCUGUUUCUACGCUCUUCAGUGAAUUCACUGAAGAGCGUAGAAAACGAGUCCCUGUGCAGACGCAUUAAAGUCGAAGGACCUCCCGCACAUACCGUUCAGUUGAUCUACCGCUGAGCCAUACAGAACUCGUGACGAGCCAUCACUUGACAGUUGGUUCAUAUGUGAUUUUCGUCUUGCAUACUGCUCCUGACGGUGAAUGUUAUUAUUUUUUGUGAUGUAGAGAGCUUUAGCGGAGCUCUAACCACUUGAAUUCUUUACAGAAGUACCUGGGCACACUAAGCCGAUGAAAUUGGGUAUCACGGCUCCCAAGCUGGAAAAGUUGUGGAUUUAUGGAGACUCACAGGCCGAAAGACUGCACUUAUCGAUAAAGGAUGGACCUCUUUGUACGGAGAUCUUUAAAUUUUGUAAUCUAAGUAAAAUGUGGGUUUACCCUUACAGCGGUCAGUUUCCAAAAUGGGAUGAUCAAGACUUCGAUAAGUCCAUUAUUCUCGAUAGUCUCAGGGUUGUGUUGGAAAGACCCGAUAUGAGCGAAAACAGUGUGUUGAUUUUGAAUCUUGGACUGCAUUACAUGGAGAGCAUCAGACUACAAGAUUAUAGAAUACUUCUUUUGAAGGUGAUUGAUCUAUUGAACGAAAGAAACAAAGAUACAGGCGAACUGAAGCAUAAGGCUCGUGUAGUAUGGAAAACGUCCACUUCUAUAAGCAAGGAGAAGGACACUGGCAGUCAACUGACAAGUGAUCGACGAAGAUUUCUUGCUCUACCGGUAAGUAUGUGGGGGAAAGAAGACAUUAGAGUUGGCACUUUCAAGUAGGUAUUUGCUUUUUCUUUGUUUUUUUGGUACGUUAUUGCUUUUUUUCUUCGUGCCAAUGGUUGGUUGAUCAUCGGCCGGUUGAAAAUUCGAUAUCUCCGCCGGUGGUUCGUUUAUUUCUCGCGUUAUCCUUUUAGGUAACCAAUUUGAACUCAUUCAAUUUUAAUUUUCGCCCAAGACUGAAGAUUACUUUCAAAAAUCAGAACUUUAAAUGCCAUGAGAAAUGUGACUUAAUAUCUAAAUGUCCUUGAUUUUCCUUUUUUUUUAAUCAAAUUUUUACUUAAAACGAUUGACAGCUCGAAUACAGUUCUUGGAAACUUAGAUGUCUUAUUAUUAGUAGUAGUAUAAUUAUUAUUAUUUUUCACUUUGCAGCGUGUGGCACUCUAUAAUUCUCUUGCAACCUCCCUCAUGUGCCAGGCUGGCUUGGAGGUGCUUGAUGUUUACCCUUUUACCAGGUCUUUUCCGGAAGGCACCGGAGGACCCGAGGUAGCGUGGUACAAGGAGCGUGAUAUUGUGCAUUUCAAGUUCCAUGUGAUGAAACCUAUCGAACACUUUUUCGAAGAAUACUUCUUGGGAAAAAUAGCACGUCCCAUCAAUUUUGUGAAUUACAUGUUUUCAUAAUGCAACGAUUGUUGUAAUCUAAAGUCUUAUGAUAAAGGAUUGUUUACGCCAGAGAAAAUUUUCCCACUGACUUUUCAAAUUUUGAAAGUCAGUUCAGAUAGGUCAGCAGACGUGACAACUUGAAAACUCACAAAGAAGUAAUUACAAUGCUUAAGUGAAAAAGUAAAGAAGUAGGAAAGUUAAGAAGUGGGAAAGUAAAAUGGGAAGGUGUAGAAAUGGGGGAGAAUUAAUACAAACGUAAAGAAUAGGAAUCAAACGUGUUUAUUCGAAUUCAAUAAGCAUUAUAAUAUAGCGCGUAAAUUUCUCUAAUCAAAUUCAAUUGAGUGAGCGUGCUUCAUAUUCCUAUUGUGCACGCUCAUGACGUCAGCAAUCAAAUCCCUCGAGAAAAAAAUCUUUACAACAUGUAGGCCCCGUCCACACGUAUCCGUAUUUAUCCACGUCCACACGUUGCCGUUUGUGAAUCGUUUUUGGUGUCCACACGUAAACGCAAAAACGAUUUGAAAACGAUGACGUCGCCUACUGAGCAUGCUCUUUAGAGCAAAACAUGUGCCCGCAGUCUCGCGUAUCCUGAGCCUGAAUCCUCUUGGCUGUGCUCUUGGGCUUCUCAAACUUAUCAACAGUGUUCGCAUGGCUAGAAAUCCGUGACAGCAUGGCCGCCACGCACGCGCAUCGAUGUCGAACUCGGUCUUAGGUUACAAACGAGUCGCAAAAUCACUACAAGGAAAACAGUGCACUUUCAGCUAACCUUCUUUUAAUAAUUGCUCCUGUGUUACAACCGAAACUAAAGCUUGUUUAUUCGCCAUGUUUUAAUUAAUGGUCGAUCGGCCGCACGCUGACUUAUGAACCAAUUGUUAAAUAUUUAUUUAUUAUCUUUCGGAUGCCUUUUGGAACCGUGACUAGGUUUGAAUUGUUACGUCAUCGUUUUCAAAUUGUUUUCAAAUUUAUCCGGAUAAGGCGUCCACACGGAGACGCUUAGCCAGCGUUUUCAAAUUUAUCUACUUUGGAGAGCGUUCUCAAAUUUAUCCGUUUUCGGUGUGUGAAAACGCCGUUUACGUGUGGACGGAACCCGUCACCGUAUAAAUAUUUAUCCGUUUUCAAAUUUAUCCGGAUACGUGUGGACGGGCCAUCGGGUUGAAAAUGUUAUAAAACAAUUGGUUCAUAAGUCAGCUGUGCGUUCAUCGAAAUAUGCAGCACUUGGGAGGUUUGGAGAGCACUCAAGAAGCUAGAGUUGCUCUCGACUACGCCUCGAGCAACUCUUACGCAUCUUUCGUGCUCUCCAAACUUCCCGCGUGCUUCAUAUCUCGAUGAACGCACGCUGAAUUAUGAAACAAUUGGUAAAUAUUUAUUUACUAUCUUUCGGAUGCUCUUGGAACCGUGUCAAAGAGAAAGCCGGAGUAUUCUUUGGAAAUUUCCGUUUAGAAAUCAAUUUGGCAGUUAUGUUAUUGUUUUCGUAGAUACUUUUUAUCAUAAGACGGGAGGAAAGAGCUUUCAUCGGCGUAAAAGGCUAGUUUUUUCAAGAACAGCAGCCCAAACAAGUCCUUGCUUCGAUCUUAGUUAUAAGUUGUUCCAAAAAAGGAUGUCUUAAAACACAGUUCUUUGCUGUCUGCGCGAAGCUUACAUUUACAAAAGUAAUGCUUACAAGAGUUACCGUCGUUUUAAACAAACUAGAGUCCGCGCUUUUUUUCUUUUGAGAUUAUCUAAAACGUUUUCUCAAAUCUUCGCCCUUGAGGUUUUUCCUUUCUUAUUCCCGAAGGAAGUUAAAUUUAGAGCUCUUAAUGGCAUUUGAAAUUUUGCGUGGCCAUACGCACUCUGUAUUUUUUCAAUAGGCCUUUAAUCUAUCCGUUGCACUUUGCAAUAAAGUUGUACCUGUCGCUCUUUGCAAUAAGAUUGUCAAAAUUUUGUAAUAACACUUGUCACACCUUGUACCAACGGCAAGCCUAAUCUGCACUUCUCUCAUCAGACACUAAUGGCCCCGUAUCUUGUGUUAAACUCAGCCAGUUUGAUUUACAGAAUUGGCAGCAUGAAAAGCCUUUCUGUUAUCUCAAUGGGCUUUACAAUCAACAGUACAUCUUAAGUCAGAAUAAACGAACAAAAAAGCCCUUCUCUCGCUAAUUUGUCAGAAGGAGAUCCUCAAUUUUAGGGCAUUUUAUCUCCAAAACAAAGCGCGCUAUCGACAUAAAAAUAUUCUUGGGGAAUAUGUGCAUAGAAAAUUGGAUGAUUUCAUGACAGAGCAAUCCAGUUAUCUGAUCAGCCAAUGAGACUUCAAUGAAGAAGUUCGUAGGCCGAUUGUCACUUGUACCUACACGUUUCAAGACAGUUCAAGGUCAUCUCUUCUUUCACGUUUAUAAUAAUGAAUUUUUUAUAUUGUUAAUGUGUUAAAAUUAAAAAAAGCACAAAAUGCAAAAUUGAAAUAAAUAGUUUUUUAAAAAACAGCAAUCACAAAUUUGAGAAGAAGGCCCCGCGUGAACUCUUCUCAGGGAUGACUUCUUAAUUCGUCAAUUUUAUCUUGAAACAACUCGUUUGACAACUUUCAACUUUAUUUCCCAGCGACAGCUAGCUCCAAACUCAAGGAGGUUUUUUUUUUUUGCAGUUGAACCAGGUUUAAAUAUGUCAUCCUUGAAACCAACUUCAAUUAAGCAACUAGGAAAGACAUUGGAAAAAAAACUGAAAAUGUAAAAUUUAGAAUAGGGCAACGAGAAAAAGAAUAUGACAACGAAUUUGUUUUUUCAUCACGAUAACAUGCAUCGAUUUACAAAUACAGUGUUCAUCGUUCUCGAUGGAUUGAGUUAUUAAAGGAAAGGAUCUCAAUACGCCAUUAUUGAUACUCAUAACUGUUGCUGUGCAACGCAAGCAAUCCUUUAGGAUAGGAUUACAAGCAAAUAAUAUAAAACAAAUAAAGACAGAAUCACAAUAGAGGCAGUUAAUUUAUUCUGCACGUACAGACAGGUGGUGUUUCUUUUUUGACAGCUUUCUUUCAAUAACAGCGAGGGUUUAUCAUUUUUUUUUUUUUACAAAGGGUUUUUUUUUUCAGGGUUUAGCUUUCGUUUGAAAUUUGAGUUUAACAUAGCUGGAAAACAAUUCGUGGAAAAUUGUGAUUUUUUUUUUUACACAAUUGUUAUCACGGGAAAGUCUGUAUGAAUUCACCAGCGUUAGUUAAUGCCACGAGCGUCCAGAAUUCAAAUGGCACUGACAAAUGGCAGCUGCCCCACUAUAUACCUCUCCGCGCCAUUCAAGCACCUUCCAUUCUUCUUGCUGUUGCGAUAUUAUUUGGCAAUGCUCUUGUCAUCGCAUCCUACAAGAUUAACCGGCGACUGAGAACUCGAACAAACGCAUUUCUCGUCAGUUUAGCCGUGUCGGAUUUCCUGGUUGGAAUUAUAUCGAUGCCGAUGUGGAUCUACAACAUCAUCAUAGUGGAUAAUGGUUCCGUCCCCUUUAAAGCCAUUUUCAAAACUUUCGAUGUUUUUUCAGCUCUGGCGUCCAUUUACCAUUUGACCGCCAUAAGUAUCGAACGUUACAUUGCCGUUUCUCGACCGUUUUAUUAUAAAAGUUUACCGUCCUUGUUUCAACGGACAAUGAUAACAUCUGCAUGGCUUGUCGCCGGCUUAUUGGCUUCUCUCUCGUCUCUUACCAUGCCAUCUGUUCUUAAAAUCCCUUGGAAUAGUCGAGUAUAUGCCACUAUUAUGUUCAUCAUCAGUUUCGCAAUUCCGGCAGCCAUUAUCUUUUUUAUGUACGCGGGCAUUUUUUCAGUAGCGCGCUCACUUCUUCAACGUAACCCGCACCACUCCCCUGGAGGUCGUCAAAGCACAGGAAGCCUGAUGAGCCAAUACUAUCAGGGGGAGAGAAAAGUGGCUAUUACCGUGGCAUUCAUCACAGGUUUGUUCAUUACUACCUGGGUGCCAUUUUUUACUGUAUCUAUCAUGGCUGCCUAUUGCUUUCACUGUCUUCCUUCGUCGCCGAAAACAUUCACAUGGCUUGUUGCUAUUGUUAAGGGUGUGCACUACCUGAAUAGCGGUGUGAACCCACUAGUGUAUGCUCAACGGGACAGUGAAAUGAGAAGAACAUUCCUUACUCUGUUAGGACUUAAGCGCGUCAAUCGUCGUUUGAGCGCCAAACAAGAAAAGCCAUGGGAAUUAAACAACUGA